AUGAUCAACCGGUUUCCAUGGUCUUCUUCUGUUUAUUUCUGCCAUCUUCUCAUCAUAUCAAUCGUCAUUUUUCACACGUCAUCUGAUGCCAAAAUAGCUCCAAAGUGCCGUGAUACAGAUAUGAACUGUGCUGUUUGGGUUGCAUCGAAUUCUUCGGAUUGUGAAAAUGUGGAACUGGUGAGCUCACACUGUUUGAGAACGUGUCAAUCAUGUGGGGAGCCAAUUGAUCCAAAAUACGACGUAAAACUGCUGCCUCCAAAGCUAAAAUCUAUUGCUUGGAUGGUUGGAAGAUGGAGAUCUGAAUUCGGAGGAAAAGCAUUUUUCCCAACGAUUCCAAAGUUUACUUAUGGUGAACAAGUCGAUAUUACAAUUGCUGAUAAUGCAGAAAACGCUAAAACUCCGUUGCUGAAUUAUACAUUCUGA